AUGAUUGCCAGAUCACUUCUGUUCUUGCCACUGUUAUUCAUGGCAAUAUGUGGCUCCAAGGCUAGCACAUCAUUUCAAAACCCGGUCAUCUUCAAUGAUCUAGCGGACAUCGACCUCUUCCGUGUGAAAGAUACUUUCUACUAUUCUGCAUCAAGCAUGCAUUUCUCCCCUGGGGCUCCAAUAUUGCAGUCCCAGGAUCUGGUCAACUGGAAAUACCUUGGCCAUUCGGUACCUUCCCUGGAGUUCAACAGCCCAGCGUAUAACUUAGAAGAUGGAAUGCGAGCCUACGCCCGGGGUGUGUGGGCUUCAGCUAUGCGCUUCCGACAAAGUAACAAUCUAUGGUACUGGGUCGGUUGCGUCGACUUCAAUGCGACAUAUAUCUAUACCAGUUCUGCAGUUACUGGUCCAUGGGAACAGAAGACUGUACUUGACGGUACCUGUCUCUACGACUGUGGUCUACUGAUUGACGACGAUGAUGCCAUGUAUGUCACGCAUGGUUCGACGGUCCUUAGCGUGACUGAACUUACUUCCGAUGGUCUUGACUUGGGGGAAACACAAAUUAUUUACAAUUCCACCGUCGGCUACGUUGAAGGUUCCCGCAUGUACAAACGCAAUGGGUCUUAUUAUAUCAUCACAGUCCAACCAACCAAUGGGCAGUACAUCUUAAAGUCUGAUAAUGGUCCCUGGGGUCCAUAUGAUUUUGGCGUCAUUCUCAACAACACCUCACCGCCGACGAGCUUGAAAGGUGGCGACACGCCUCAUCAAGGCGCUCUGGUUGACACGCUAGAUGGUCAAUGGUAUUAUAUGGCCUUUGUCGAUGUAAAUGGUGAUAGCACUGGUCGGGUCCCAGUACUUUCUUCAUUGAACUGGGAUGAAAACGGAUGGCCAGUCUUGACCUUGGAUGAUGGCAACACAUGGCCCCAAAGCCUCCCAUAUCCAGUCGGCUCCGGCGCAACUACUGGUAAUUCAGACUCUUCUCUUCAGGGAAAAGACACUUUUGCUACAGGAAAGCUUGAUAGCCAAUGGGAGUGGAAUCAUAAUCCUGAUAUGAAGCGAGUCACGGUUACCCCAGGUGAAGUCCGUCUGUCUACAGCAACAGUGUCCAAACUUGACGACAUUUACCAAGCGCGCAACACAUUGACACAUCGCACUUUGGGACCAGCUUCCGAAGCUAUAAUUCUACUAGACUACGGGAACAUGGCCGACGGCGACCGAGCUGGCCUGGCGUUGUUACGGGACAGCUCGGCAUGGAUCGGGAUCCGGAAAGAUGGAGACGUUUCCAAGCUUGUGAUGCGCAACGAUAUGACCAUGAAUUCCACAGAUAACUGGUCAACUAUUACUUAUGGUACUGAUGAGGCUAGCAUCCUGGUACAUCAAACUGGCAAGAAGCGGAACAUAUACCUACGGGUGGUUGGAGACUUCAGUGCAUCAGGAACGCGAGAGGCACAAUUUUCAUACAGCACAGAUGGCACACACUUUGCGGCUCUUGGACAGAACUUUACAAUGGCCAAUGACUGGCAAUUCUUCCAAGCGUAUCGAUUUGCUAUCUUCAACUACGCUACUAAGGCUCUUGGGGGCAGCGUGGGGUUGAAAGAGUUUUCUUUAUACUCUGUUCCCGUGUGA